AUGUCGCAGCGCUACACAUUCCUCGUCCUUGGCGCUACCGGCGGCACCGGCAAACACUUUGUUGCCCAAGCUCUCGGUGAUGGCCACACUGUGCGCGCCCUCGUCAGAUCCCCCGGCAAGCUACCCUCCCCCUCACCCAACCUCCAAGUCGUCCAAGGCUCCAUCGCAGACCCCAUCGACACCGACGCCCUGGUCCAGGGUGUCGACUAUGUCGUAUCGAUGCUGGGCGACAAGAACCUGCAGCGGGACAACAAGAUCUGCACUACCUUCGUCAAGAAGCUGGUCCCCUCCAUGCGGAAACACGGCGUCAGACGGUUCCUAUAUCAGGCUGGGGGACUUAGUCGGCCUUAUCAGGGCUCUCUGUCCCCCAUCCUAUGGCUGCUGCGGUACACUUUAGCCAGGGGGUUUGAUGGACAGCAUCAGGACAACGAGGCGGUGAUGGAGUAUCUGGCGACAGAGGCGAUGGAUAUCGACUGGAUCGUCCAUCGGGCGGGCAUCGGGUCGGAUGGACCAAGCAAGGGGACCCUUGUGCGCUCCAGUAAGGACUUCAGCGUUGCGACGCAUCGGGACUGCGCGGAGUACAGCUAUCGCACGAUCAUGGAGAACGCAGCGAUCCAUACCAGUGACUUUAGCUGUUAUUCCAAGGUGUAG